AUGGAACCAAAAGCAAUAUAUAAAUUUUGUAAAACACUCGGUUGUUGUGAUAUAUGUUGUGUCAGAUAUAUGGGUGUUAAACAUCCUAGUGCAUAUGAGAAUUACAAAGUUUAUGUUACUAAAUAUCAAGAGCAAACAAAAUCUGAAUCAACACCUGAAGACGCGACAGAGUCAUCUACAGAUGUUGCUAAAGAAGAUUUAGAAACAAGUAGCAUUAAAAGUGAAAAAGAUAAUCAAACAUUGAAUGGUUAUAUCCAUGAUAAUAAUGUUGACAUAAAUGGUAUUUCAAAUAAUGAUUUAUCCCCACCACUUAAAAAACGUAAAGUCAAUAUAUGCUCGAGUUGUAUAGGUGUGCUGGAAGAAGAAAGGUGGCAGGAAAGUUAUGAUAUGGUGAAGGAAGUAUUGGAUAAAAAAGGCUAUGAAAGCUCAACAUUUGCAUGUGCUUUGUCAGCUCCAAUAGCGACAUUACUACGAGAGAGAGCCAUCACAUUAAGACUUGUUGAUAAAUUCCCUGGAUAUGACCCUAAAACUAUAACAGCUUUGAAGGAAGCAUGGAAAUGGUCUUUUGGGAACAAACUCAGUACGCACAUAAACAGAACGUUGGACUCUGGGGCGAUAUCACCAUUACUUAUAACUGUUAAUAUGGAUUACCAAGAUGAUUUACAAGAACUGGAGAUUUUAAAAAAUGUGUCACCCCAGUUAUUUGAAGAGAGAAGUAAACAAAAACGACGUUUCGUCACAGAAUUCACGCGGAGAUCAGUUGAACAGGCACUAGAGAGGGCCACCCUCCCCGCGCUGCUGGCGGCGGGCGGCGGGCUGGCGGCGGCGGCGGCGCGCGCGCGCCCCGCGGGCGUGGCCUGCGCGCACGCGCCCGUGUACGUGGCGGGCAGAUACAUAAAACUAAGUCGCAAUCUCCCACAGUCCCCGUGGAUCUUAGAUGGGAAGAGAGUUCUACCAUCUUCCGUGCAAGAAAUAAUCUACAAACCUCUGGCAGAUUUGUUCAAACUCAACGAAGAAGAAGCGGACCGUAAAUUAAAAAUAAUAGCCGCCGGUCGAGAAGAUGUCGACGUUCGAUGCUUGGGGGAGGGCAGGCCGUUUGCUAUUGAGAUAACAGAUCCAAUACGACAGUUAACAGAGGCGGACCUGUCGCGCGUGUGUGAGGAGAUCAAUAAGAGCGGUGACGUCAUCGUCAAACGUUUGAUCAACAUUAAACGAGAAGAUUUGGUACAAUUGAAGAAGGGUGAAGAAACAAAAAGCAAAACGUACGACGCGAUAUGUAUUAAAUUAUCGCAUUCUAAACAUGACGAUGUAUCCCCAAACUCGCCAAUUCGAGUUACUGAAAAAGACAUAGAAGCGAUAAAUACAUACACACAAAAGUAUGCCGUCAUUCAACAACGCACACCCAUCCGAGUGUUGCACCGGCGACCGUUGCUUACCCGCACUCGGGAGAUAUUGGAACUUACCGGUGAAAUGAUACCAGAGUAUCCCCAACUGUUCAAGAUCCGUGUGACAACAACAGCGGGCACGUACGUGAAGGAGUGGGCGCACGGCGAGUGCGGGCGCAGCGCGCCGGCGCUGGCGGCCGGCCUCGGCGCCAGGGUCGACCUGCUGGCGCUGGACGUGGCCGCCGUGCACCUGGACUGGCCUCCGAGCACCCCCCAGGCC